AAAGUAAAAAAUUUCGAAAUCCCGCUCUAAAUUUAAAUAUGGCGCCGAAGAGGAGAGCAUCGCCGCUGCACUCUCCUCUCUACCCUAUCGGUGAUUACGAGGUCGCCGUGGAUGGUAAGAAUUUCACCUGUGAAUCAUGACUCAAAAGCAUUGAAAUCAAAUUUCCCAGGAACAACAGAGUGCAAAUCUCAGAGAAGGGUACAAUGGUUUCCGCAUAUCCGAAAGAACACAUGUUUCUUCUUCUUAAUCCUCGGGAUGAGGAUGAGUUUACCAAAUCUCAUCUUCAAGAAGUGUUGAGGUUAUAUAGCAAAGAGUUACCUGACAUGAGAUACGCUUCAAACACUGGGAAACAAUCUGCGUUUCUUGAGAGAUGUGUCUCUAAAGGUAAGUAUUGUUCAUUGGUUUUGAAGUCCACGCUUGGUGGAGUCUCAGAUGAGAUCUUGGCUGCAAUCACCUAUCAAAUAGUCCCUGCUGAUACUCAGUAUGCUGAGAUACCUCUUGCUUCUGUAACAUACACACACCAGAAAAAGGGCUUUGGUAAACUCAUCUAUGAAGAAUUAAUGAAGAGACUCCAUAGUGUUGGCAUCCGAACUAUAUACUGUUGGGCAGACAAAGAAUCUGAAGGAUUCUGGCUUAAACAGGGAUUUAUAAAGUUAGCAGAGGUAGACCACAAAGGAAAAGCAAAGAGGUUGCACAUUAAGUCUAAUAUUAGAAAAGCGUUGUGUUUUCCCGGCGGUUCAACCCUCAUGCUUUCUCAUUUGAAAAAGGAAUCGUCUCUUAAUCCUGCAAACCUUGAGAUUACCUCUUCAUGGAAAUAUCAGUCUGAGGGAUCUUUACAGUCAGCAAGAAAUAAUGGCACAGGUCCUGUGGCUGGAGAUUCAGUUAAACUUGGAGAGAGCUUUGGUGAAAGCGUAUAUCUUGACUGUCUCUCUGGUAUUAGAAGUCCAAUAGACUCGGCCACAGGAAAGGAAUACAACAACGUGAUUUCUGAUCAAGCUACCACAGCUGAUAGUGAGACCAAAUGUUCCACACCGGGGUUGAAGAGAUCUUGGGAAGCUUCACUGUCUUCUUUGCAAUCGAAAAGGAUUAGGGCAAACCAGAAUAAUGACUCUGAGAUAGCAAAAAUAGAUUUGACUCUUAGCUCUGCAAAGCAAUCGAAAGACGGUUCUUCCUCCGAAGUGGAUAUAACUAAGGAUCCUCUGCCUACAAUUUGCAAAAGAAACGUUGUUGAACAAUGCAGAGCGGCGACUGGAAUAGACGUGGAAGCUCGCCCAGAUGGAGAAGACUAUAGAAUCUUGCUGAUGGACAUUUGUGAUGAAAAUAAGAGAGCUUGGUUGACAGAGGUAAUAAGAAAACUUGGUGGUGUUGUGACCUUGGAUGGUACAAUGAGCACACAUAUUGUCACCGGAAAAGUCAGGAAAACUCUAAAUUUCUGCACUGCUCUUUGCUCUGGGGCUUGGAUAGUAUCACCAAGUUGGUUGAAAGAAAGUUUUCGAGAAGGAAGAUUUGCUAAUGAAGCUUCACACAUACUGCACGACGAAGACUACCAGUUGAAAUAUGAUCUUGAUCUAAAAAGCACAGUUCUUAGAGCAAAAGCUAGACCAAACUCGUUGCUUAAAGGAUAUGACAUAUGCGUUGGAUCCAACAUUGAGUUACCUAUCAAAACUUCAUCUGCUAUCAUAAAAUCCGCUGGUGGAAAUGUGAUCAGUGGAGUGAAAAAGGUAAAGGAGACAUCAAAAACGAUAUACAUAGGGUGCGAAGAAGACACAGUGGGGGCAUUAUUUGCAGCAAAGAAAGGAAUUUGGACAUUCAGCAGCGAAUGGUUAAUGAACUGUGUCAUGAAGCAACAACUUGAGCUUCAAGUUCCUCAGUUUGUUGAGUCCUUAUGAUGAUUCGAACUAGAGACCUCUAUGAUCUUUUUUAGCUUGGAAAAAAUUCCACUUUAUCUUUUAUUUUUGGGUUUUAUUAUGGAAAUGGUAGAGACAUUGUAAGAACUUGAAUGGGAUAGGCUAAGAAGCUCAAGUCUCCCAUCUAUUCAUGUAUAAAAACAAAAUUGUGUUACAUACUUAAAAGUUAAA